GAAGAGGACGAACCUGCUCUGUGCAGCAACACUGGAGGCCGCACCUUGCAAACAGCGUCCCCAAGUUGACUUUGUCGCUCUUUUGCGGCCCAAACUUCGCCCUCGGAGCCUGCUGCGCCUCUUGCGCACAUUUUCACACCAGACUUGGCGGUGUGCUUGAUCGCAAACGCCUCAAGCUAAGCUAAGCUAAGCUAACCGAAGAUAAGCCAAACUAAGCGAGGCCGCGAAGCCUCAGCGUGCACGAGACAAGUUUGACCGCAUACAAGAUUUCAUCCGAAACGUUUCGAGCCGUGAUGGAGGCUUCAGCACGUUUAUCCGCUACCAAAAGAAAUCGGGGAAAUGGCGUUGAGCGCCUGGGAUUACGUCAUGCGGACGUAUGCGGAAGUAGACGUUUUGAAACAUUUGCCAUCAAACGUCACAAAUUCAGAGCAUAAAGUUGCCCGGGCGACAAGGGGAUUUUGCUUGUUGGUUUUAAUAGCAUUAUUAUUGACAUUUGACAAAUUACAGUUCACAAACGUAUUCAGAAUCCACAUUUCCAAUUUUGGCAGGCAAAGCGGAAGUAGAUUUGCGGCGGAAAAUGUCAUUGAGACAAACAUUUUCCGAGCGAUUUUCAUUUCGUUUUCAGAACGUGCGAGAAGCAAAAAGAAACAAACAAAAAAAGCAAACAAACAAAAGCAACACCAAAAAACCUGCUUUCGCCUGGGCACGAGGUGCGUUCCAAGACCACCUACACAAUAGGACAUUUCAAACUCAGACACGACACAAAACACUAUCAAAGAUUUCAACGCUAAUGACUGCAUAUUGCUCGACAAUGUUGAUAGUGAAUCAAUGGCAAAGUGCUGAUUUUAGUUUCGAAUUGUUAGAUUGAGAAGCGAUAGCGUGGCGAGGAAAGCGGGUGCUGCGGUUGUCCUGCCUGCCUGCAUCCAAGAAUAUCCGAGAAUAUCGCAAAUACCGCAAAUAUGCGGGCGGCGACGCAAUUCGAGCAGCAACUCUGUGCACGUCUUUGACGAAGCUGUGUUGUCAUUAUGUCAGCAUUUUGAAUGAAACGCGCCCCAUUUGCGAUGAAGCCAUCAUCCCUCAGCUGUCCGUGUGUGACGACAUGCGUGACGAGCGGCUGAGCUCUGACGUCAGAGUUCCCCCAAAGUCAUCGCCUUCUGCUUCCAAAUUCUGGUGUCCGCGUCCAGUGCUCGCACUUGUUGUUGCAGAAGAUCGUCCUCUUUGGUUGGCGACAUCAUCAUCAUCAUCAUCAUCAUCAUCAUCAGCAGCAGCAGCAGCAGCAAUGAGUGACUUGGAGAACACCACCGAAGAAUCCGAAUGUUCCGAUCAAGAGAUCAGGCUGUGCGCACGGGACAUCGGCAUCGAUCCGGAGAGCGAGCCGGAACUUUUGUGGCUCGCCAGGGAAGCUCGAUUUGCUCGACUGCCGCCGGGAUGGGCUGAGAGUCGAGAUGAGAGCGGGAAGCCCAUCUUUCACAACCACUAUUUGCAGACGUCGACCGACGAGCACCCGUGCCAAGCGCAGUACCGGCAGCUGGUGUGCCAGGAACGCCGGCGGAUCCGGCGCACGGCCGCUCCGGGACUGGACGACGACGGCGGCGUCGACACGCGCGCAGGAAUUUUCUGCAGCGGGUUCUUGAGCGUAAUCGGCAGCAGGUGCGAAGAAACGUCGUCUCUGACGCUGCCGAGCUUUGACGACGAAGACGACGGCGGCAUCUCGGAAAAGGAGGACUCUGGAAACGGCGAGCCGGCAGAGGAGAGAAGCGAGUCGGAAACGCAGGAUGAGGCCCGUUCCGGGGAGCGGAGUAGCGCAUCGGCACUGGAACAGCUGUCUGAAGAAUUUCCCAUGACUGACCGUUCGAUUUCGUGUGACAGUGAGCCGGAGACCGCCGCCGCCCAGGGCCCGCGGCAAUCGGGCCGAGGCCGCCCCGCUGUGCCGGCGGGUCGCCACCAGCGUCGACACCUUCAGUGCGCUAAGGCGGUGGCGGCUAAGCGGGACCACGAAGAAGAAGAAGAAGAAGAAGAAAGACCUGCAGUGAGUCGCUCUUCAAGAUGCUCAAACGAUUUCUUUUGCAGUGGAUUCUUGAGCGUCUUAGGCAGCGGACGAGAUGAAAGUUCUUCUUUUACACCUUCCGGCCACGACGACGAAGACAAUGGCGUCGUCGCCGACAAUGAGGCGCCGUCAGAGCCUUCGGACCGGGACGCUCGUGUUUGCUGCGGCGGCCCGCCGGAGCGGGAUGGCAAAGAAGGGCAAGAUGAGGACGACGCGGGCGUCAAGAGCGAAGAUGUCGGCAGUCGUCCGCCACGCUCGGGAACCGCCGACCGCGACCAGCGGAAAGAGAAACUCAUCCGAAUUCCACAAGUCCCGUCAGAGUGUCCGGACUCCGACAGUUGCGUUUGCGCCGAAAGUCCGGCGGAGAGCAAAGCUGCCGACGGCCAAGACAAUUGUGGUAACGACAAGAAGAUGGAGGAAGAGGAGCCGGUCAAGAAUCCAGGAGUGAGUUGCUGCCGAACCAACGCGCACGCCCACUCAAACUCACCAGUGGAAAUUGAUGACUCAUGUAAUGUAUGGCAAAAUGACAGUGUAGGUCAAGAUUGGGUGCGCAGUAUCGUCAGUGCUGAUGAGUAUCUCCUCGGGUCUAUAAUUGCCCGAAGUCCUUCUUUGAAAUUGUACUCGGCGAAGGCGCGGCAGUCUUCGAAUUUGAGGGGGAAAAGCCGAGCGGGGCAUCUGUCUGUCGGCAUCCUCGAGUCCAGGAAGUCGCUGCUUCCUUCGCGUUUGAUCGAGCCUCAUACAGCCGGCGGUAGUUUCGAUUUGCUAUUCCCGGGAGAGUUUUUGGAUUCUGCUCCCUCUGACGGCCAUCCGGUGAUGGACGUGAAAGAAGGAGAGGCCGACGAGACGGAGGCUUCCGAGAGAGGUUCGCCGCUCAUCUUACUUUUCCUUCGACCAGCACGGAAGCGGAAUCGCGCCGUCCACAAGCAGAAGCUGACGAAGACGGACGCGUGCGGGCCAAAACAGAAGACGAGAGCCGAGAGACGGCGACGACCGAACGCGCCGGACGACCGAGUCGGCGCCGUCGGUCGAGGCCGGGCGUCGGGAUCCGAAGACGGAUUCGCCAAGGCUUUUUGCUGUCGCUGUCAGUUGCUCACGGACGACAAAAAGACCGAGCCUGCCGUGAGCCGAGGUCAAUUCGGGCAGAAAUCGUCUGGCGAAGAUGUCCAAGACGGCAAAGCCAUCGGGCACACCGAUGACGUCGGCGCAUCGCGAGCCAAAACGCUCGACGAGGAAGAGGAGCUUUUCGUUUCGCCAUCGGAACUAUCCGGGGAGUUUUUGGACUCGGUCGGCUCGGACAGUUUUGUGGAGAUGGAUUUCAACGGGAAGGAGGAAACUGAGGCAACCGAGAGCGCCGAGUGCAGCCGAGAUGAGUCAGGGAAGGAGUCGACGGGCGAAGACGCGGGCGGCCGUCUGGCGGAUGACGAGCGAGAACGCGAUGCGGUUCCCGACUCCGGGGCCCGACAGUACGAGGAGGAGCGCAGCUUUGGCGCAACGAGCGACGACAAGAGUCUUUCCUCGGACAAAAGUGGUGAAUCAGCAAAGCAACCGUUUGUGCGCUGCAGCGCUUGUGUCCGCCGUGACAACGAGCGCGAGGAUCACGAGAAGACUCCCAAGAGGUUUUUAAUUCUUUUGCUGCUCAGCAAACCGCGAGACUAUGUUCAGAUUUGCGCGGAGGCCGUCGGCCGCUCCGGAACCAAAGUGGACGACGAGCCCGGCAAAUCGUCCACAGACUCGGCGGCGGUCGUCGGGGAUGGAGAUCUUGCAGAGGAGAUGAGCGAGCUUGAGGUUCAGUCUGACGACCGGCGGCCCGAAUCGCCCCGGCAAGAGGUUUCAGAAAGGGUUUUGGACUCCAACGAUUUGGUUUUUGAGACAGAGACUAGCAGUAAGAGCCGAGUUGAAGAUGUCUACAGCGACUUCGUGGCCCAGGAGCGUGAGCACAUCCAGUGCCAUGAAACGGACGGGAGACGCAAAGGAGAGGAGGAAGAAGAGUUGAGCAAAGCAACUGGGUCAAAAAGCAAAAGAGAAGACUCCUGUCUGAGGAAGAACUGGCCAGAAAGGAAGAGGAGGAGGCCUGAGCGCCCAGUGAGGGAGAAAGAAAAGACAAUACUUUUGUAUCGGGAGAAAUUGCAGCGAGAGGAAGAGGAGGAGGCGACGAAAUUAAUGAGGGAGAAGGAGAAAAGAAUACAGCUCCUGGAAGCGCUGAGGAAGAAGGAAGAGGAGGAGCUGGAGCGGCUGGAAAGGGAGAUGGACAAACUCUGUAUGGGAGUGGAUCGAGCAAAGAAGGGAAAAGAGGUGAGUGCACUCUUUUGCCAGGAGGAGCUGACGGGACAGGAAGAGGGGCGAGCAGAGCAGUUCCACGGGGGAAAGGCGCUGAGAAUGCGCCGCCACCAGGAGCACUUGAGCAAAGAGGAAGUCAAGGAAAUGGAGCAAUUGAGGGUUGAGAAGGACAUAGGACUUUGCCCACGAAAGGAGGAGAUCAGGAGAGAGGAAGAGAAGGAGGCAACGCAACUGAUAGUGGACAAGGAGACAAGAAUACGGCUCCGCCGGCAAGCGCCGAGAAGGAAGGAGGAGGAGGAGGAGGAGGAGCCGGAGCCGUCAGAAGGGGAGACGAAGCCAAGAACACAUCUCCACAAGGAGAAGCUCGGUCCAGGUUUCCAGGGACCAGAAAGGGGAAAAGAGUCGGGGAUACAGUUCUGCCUGCAGAAGCUGACGAGAAAGAAAGAGGAGGAAGAGGAGCAGUCAAAGAGGACCAAGGAGACCACAACGCAUCCCCGCCACGAGCGGUUGGGCAAAGAGGACGAGGAGGUAGAGCAGUCGAGGAAGGAUCGAGAUAUAGGACUUUGGCGACACAAGGGGGAGCUGAUGAAAGAGGAAAAGGAGGAGCUCGCGCGACUGAAGAGAGCGAAAGAGACAAGAAUUUGUCGACGCAAAGUGGAGCUGAGAAGAGAGGAAGAGGAUGAAGCGGAGCAAUUGAAGCGGGCCAAGGAAAUGAGACUUCAUCUCCGCCGGGAAGAACUGAGGAAAGCGGAGGAAGAGGAAGAGGAAUGGUUAAAGAGCGAAAUGGACAUUCGAAAAUGUCUCCUCCAGGAGGAGUUUGAGCGAUUUGAAAAGGAGGCCGAGCAGUCGAUGAGGGAAAAGCAGAGGAGGAUGCAAGCCUGCCUGGAGGAGCUGAUGAAAGACGAAGAGGAGGAGGUCGCGCAACUGAAGAAGGAGACGGAGAGAAGAAUCGGUCGCUGCCUGGAAGAACUGAGGCGAGACAAGAAGGAGGAAGCGGAACGGUUGAAGCGAGAGAAGGAGAGGAGAAUGCAGCGCCACCUGGAGGAACUCCAGAGAGAAGAGGAGGAGGAGGCAGAGAUGUUGAAGAGGGACAAGGAGGACAGAUUUGAUAUUUGCCAGGAACAACACAUGAGAGAAAAGGAGGAAGCGGCGGAAGAGUUGAAGAAACACUUUGACGCCAGCAAAUGUCUCCUCGAGGAGGAAGACCAGGCUGAGCAAAUGAAGAGGCAACGGGCCACGAGAACACCCUUACGCCAACAAGAGGAACUCAAAAGACAUGAAGAGGAAGAGGAGCAAACGGAGAGCGAGAGAAGAACACAGCUCCAUCUUGAGGAACUGACGAGCGACGAAGAGGAGAAUGAGCAAUUCAUGAAAGGACAGGACUUGAGAAACGCUCUCUUCCAGGACGAACUUAGCAGCGAGGCGGAAGAGGUGGCGUGGCUAAGGAGGGGCAAGGAGAUGAGAAUCAGACUUUAUCAGGAGGGCCUUCGGCGAGAGGAAGAAGAGGAGAUAGAAUUCUUGAAGAGACAACGGAUGCGGCGAAUAUGUCUUCACCAGGAGGCGCUGAGAAGAGAAGAAGAAAAAGAAGUGGAGCAGUUACAGAGGGAAAGGCAGACGAGAAUGCGUGUCUGCCAAGAGGAACUGAGAAGAGAAGAAGUGAAUGACUUGGAGAAAUUAAGGAAGGAAAAGGCAAAGAGAACAACACAUCCCCUCCUGAAGGGACUGCAGGAAGAGGAAAGGGAGCAAUUGAAGAGGAUGAGAAAAAACCUCCAUGAGCUGUUAAAGGUGGAGAUGCAGCUCCAUCUGGAGGAACUGAUGAGAGAAGAGGAUGAGGCAGAGCAAUUGAAGACAGGGAAGACAAACGCGUGGCUCUGCCGGAAGGGGCGGAGCACAGAAGACGCAGCAGAAGGGCAGUUUAUCAGGCAAACGGAGACACAAACGAUGCUCCGUGAAGACCGACCGAGAAGUCAGGAUGAAGGGCUCGGGUGCCUAAAGACGGAGAUGAGAACGUCGCUCUGCCAGAAGGAGGUGAAGACAGAAGAGGAUGACGCUGAGAAAUUCAAGAGAGAGGAGACAAAAUUAUGGCUACGCCACAAGACAGACACAGAAGCAAAAGGACCGUUCGGGAGGGAAAUCGAGAGCCAAACAAUGCUCCGUGAAGACCGACCGAGAAGUGAGGAUGGGGGGCUUGGCUGCUCGAAAAGGGAGAGGAUCAGAAUGUCCCUUUGCCUGGACGAGGCAAAGAAAUUGAACAGAGAGAAGUCAAAAUCUUCUUCUGCGAUCGGAAUCGCAGAAGAAGAAGUGGACGGGCAGUUUAUGAAGGAAAUUGAGACCCAAACCAUGCUCCGUGAAGAUGAGCCCAGAAGUGAGGAUGACGAGAUGAAGCGCUUGAAAGGGGAGAAGAUCAGAAUGUUGCGUGACCACAAGGAGCCAAGAGAAGAGGAUGAGGCAGAGGAAUUGAAGGGAAAGGAGACAAAAUCCUGGCUAUGCCAGAAGGAGUGGAGCACAGAGGAAGAUGCAGGAGGACUGUUUAGGAGGGAAAUCGAGACGCAAACAAUGCUUCGAGAAGAUAAACUGAAAAGUGAAGAUGAGGAGGGAGAGUGCUUGAAGAGUGAGAUGAGAAGGUCGCGUCGCCAGGACGAGCCGAGGAGAAAAGAGGACGAGGCAGAGAAACUGAAGAGAACCGAGACAAAAUUGUGCCUACGCCAAAAGGGGCGGAGCACAGAAGAAGAAGAGGAAAGGGUGUUGGGAAGGGAAAUGGAGACCCAAACAAUGCUCCGUGAAGACGAACUAAGUAGUGAGGACAACAAAUUGAAGAGGGAGAAGGCCAGAAUUGCUCUCCGCCAGGAGGAGCCAAGAGAAGAGGAUGAGGCUGAGAAAUUGAAGAGAAAGGAGACAAAAUCGGGCCAACGUCGGAAGGAGCGGAGCACAGAAGAAGAAGUGGACGGCCAGUUUAUGAAGGAAAUGGAGACCCAAACAAUGCUCCGUGAAGACGAACUGAGGAGUGUGGAUGAGGAGGUAGAGUGCUUGAAGAAAGAGAUGAGGAGGUCGCGUCGCCAGGAGGAGCCGAGGAGAGAAGAGGACGAGGCAGAGAAACUGAAGAGAACCGAGACAAAAUUGUGCCUACGCCAAAAGGGGCGGAGCACAGAAGAAGAAGAGGAAAGGGUGUUGGGAAGGGAAAUGGAGACCCAAACAAUGCUCCGUGAAGACGAACUAAGUAGUGAGGACAACAAAUUGAAGAGGGAGAAGGCCAGAAUUGCUCUCCGCCAGGAGGAGCCAAGAGAAGAGGAUGAGGCAGAGAAAUUGAAGAGAAAGGAGACAAAAUCGGGCCAACGUCGGAAGGAGCGGAGCACAGAAGAAGAAGUGGACGGCCAGUUUAUGAAGGAAAUUGAGACCCAAACAAUGCUCCGUGAAGACGAACUGAGGAGUGUGGAUGAGGAGGUAGAGUGCUUGAAGAAAGAGAUGAGGAGGUCGCGUCGCCAGGAGGAGCCGAGGAGAGAAGAGGACGAGUCAGAGAAACUGAAGAGAAAGGAGACAAAAUCGGGCCAACGCCAGAAGGAGCGCAGCACAGAAGAAGAAGAGAAAAGGGUGUUGGGAAGGGAAAUGGAGACCCAAACAAUGCUCCGUGAAGACGAGCUGAGGAGUGUGGAUGAGGAGGUAGAGUGCUUGAAGAAAGAGAUGGAAAUGUUGCGUCGCCAGGAGGAGCCGAGGAGAGAAGAGGACGAGUCAGAGAAACUGAAGAGAAAGGAGACAAAAUCGGGCCAACGCCAGAAGGAGCGCAGCACAGAAGAAGAAGAGAAAAGGGUGUUGGGAAGGGAAAUUGAGACCCAAACAAUGCUCCGUGAAGACGAGCUGAGGAGUGUGGAUGAGGAGGUAGAGUGCUUGAAGAAAGAGAUGGAAAUGUUGCGUCGCCAGGAGGAGCCGAGGAGAGAAGAGGACGAGUCAGAGAAACUGAAGAGAAAGGAGACAAAAUCGGGCCAACGCCAGAAGGAGCGCAGCACAGAAGAAGUGAACGGCCAGUUUAUGAAGGAAAUUGAGACCCAAACAAUGCUACGUGAAGACGAACUGAGAUGUGAGAAUGAGGAGGUAGAGUGCUUGAAGAAAGAGAUGAGAAUGUUGCGUCGCCAGGAGGAGCCGAGGAGAGAAGAGGACGAAGCAGAGAAACUGAAGAGAACCAAGAUGAAAUCGGGCCAACGCCAGAAGGAGCGCAGCACAGAAGAAGAAGAGAAAAGGGUGUUGGGAAGGGAAAUGGAGACCCAAACAAUGCUCCGUGAAGACGAACUACGUAGUGAGGACAACAAAUUGAAGAGGGAGAAGGCCAGAAUUGCUCUCCGCCAGGAGGAGCCAAGAGAAGAGGAUGAGGCAGAGAAAUUGAAGAGAAAGGAGACAAAAUCGGGCCCACACCAGAAGGAGCGCAGCACAGAAGAAGAAGUGGACGGCCAGUUUAUGAAGGAAAUGGAGACCCAAACAAUGCUCCGUGAAGACGAACUGAGAGUUGAGAAUGAGGAGGUAGAGUGCUUGAAGAAAGAGAUGGAAAUGUUGCGUCGCCAGGAGGAGCCGAGGAGAGAAGAGGACGAGGCAGAGAAACUGAAGAGAACCGAGACAAAAUUGUGCCAACGCCAGAAGGAGCGCAGCACAGAAGAAGAAGAGAAAAGGGUGUUGGGAAGGGAAAUGGAGACACAAACAAUGCUCCGUGAAGACGAACUGAGGAGUGUGGAUGAGGAGGUAGAGUGCUUGAAGAAAGAGAUGAGGAGGUCGCGUCGCCAGGAGGAGCCGAGGAGAGAAGAGGACGAGGCAGAGAAACUGAAGAGAAAGGAGACAAAAUCGGGCCAACGCCAGAAGGAGCGCAGCACAGAAGAAGAAGAGAAAAGGGUUUUGGGAAGGGAAAUGGAGACACAAACAAUGCUCCGUGAAGACGAACUAAGUAGUGAGGACAACAAAUUGAAGAGGGAGAAGGCCAGAAUUGCUCUCCGCCAGGAGGAGCCAAGAGAAGAGGAUGAGGCUGAGAAAUUGAAGAGAAAGGAGACAAAAUCGGGCCAACGUCGGAAGGAGCGGAGCACAGAAGAAGAAGUGGACGGCCAGUUUAUGAAGGAAAUGGAGACCCAAACAAUGCUCCGUGAAGACGAGCUGAGGAGUGUGGAUGAGGAGGUAGAGUGCUUGAAGAAAGAGAUGGAAAUGUUGCGUCGCCAGGAGGAGCCGAGGAGAGAAGAGGACGAGGCAGAGAAACUGAAGAGAAAGGAGACAAAAUCGGGCCAACGUCGGAAGGAGCGGAGCACAGAAGAAGAAGUGGACGGCCAGUUUAUGAAGGAAAUGGAGACCCAAACAAUGCUCCGUGAAGACGAACUGAGAUGUGAGAAUGAGGAGGUAGAGUGCUUGAAAAGGGACAAGAUCAGAAUGUCACUUUGCCCGGAUGAGCCAAGAGAAGAGGACGAGGCAGAGCAAUUGAAGAGAACGGAGAUAAAAUCACGGCUACGCAAGGACGAAGAAGCAGAAGGGCACUUGAUGAGGAAAAUGGAAAGGCAAACGAUGCUCUGUGAAGAUAAACUGAGGAAUGACGAAGAGGAGGCACGGCGCUUGAAGUGCGAGACCAUGAGAAUGUCGCUCCGCCAGGGGGGGCUAAGAAGUGGAGAUGAGCCAUUGAAGAGGGACAAGCUCAAAUGGUCCCCCCAGCAGGAGCUGAGGAGGAAGCAAGAGGAGGAAGGACUGAAGGAGGAGAAGGAGGUAAGAGCAACGCUCCACCGGGAGGGGUCGAGGAGAGAGAGUGAUGAGAUGGAGGAAAGGGAGACAAUCCUCAAUCUCAACAAAGAAGUCACGUGCGCUGAAGAAGAGCAGGAGAAGAAGAGAUUGCAGAAUUGCCCGGAGGUGCUGAGUACGGAGGAGGAGGAGGAGGAGGACGAGGAGGAGGACGAGGAGGAGGACGAGGAGGAGGAAGAGGAGGACGAGGACGAGGAUGAGGACGAGGAGGAGGAUGAGGAGGAGGAUGAGGAGGACGAGGUGGUGGAGGUGGAAAGUUUAAAGAGGGAGAAGGAAAAAGGGGCGUAUCUCCGGCAAGAAGAAUUGCAAAAAGAAGUGGAUGAGAUGAAAGAAAACCCACGGGAGCUGAGAGAAGAUGAAGAAGAGGACGAGGAGCUGGAAUUUGUCAAGAGACGAAAGCAGAGAGGAAUUUGCCUCUGCACUGAAGAACUGAAGAGGGAGGAAGAAGAGGAAGUGGAGCAGUUACGGAGAGAAAAGGAGAUAAGAAUGCGCAACUACGAGGAGGAGCUCAGAAGAGAAGAAGAAAAGGAGGCGGACCACUUAAAGAGAGAAAAAGAGCGGAGAAUACAUCUCCUCCAGGAAGAGCUAAGGGUAGAGGAAGAGGAGGAGGCCGAGCGAUUAAAGAGGGACAAGAAGAAGCGAAUGAGUCUCCUCCAUGCGGAGAUGAAGAAAGAGGAAGAGACCGAGCGAUUGAAGUGGGAAAAUGAGAGGAGACCGUGGCUCCACCAGGACGAACAGAGCAAACAUGAAGAGGAGGAGCAGUUUAAGGGGGCUGAGGAGAAAAGAAGGAGUCGCUACCUGGAGGAAAAGGAGACGGCAGACCCUUUCGAGAGGGGAAAGGAGACGAGAACGCACCUUCACCAGAGGAGAGAGGAAAGAGCUGAGCUGGAACAACUGAGGGAGGAAAAAGACAAGACCAUCGAUCAUCUCCAGGAGGAGCUCCUUAGAGAAGAGGAGGAAAUGUUGCAUCGGGAGAAGGUAAAGACAACUCCUCACUGCCGGGAAACACUGAGGGAAGGCGAAGAAGAGGAGGUUGAGCGCAUUCGAAAGCGAGAGGGAGAAGAGCCGAGAGCAAGAUGAGGGAGCAGAACAGUUAAAGAUAGAAAAGCAAAAUCGAAUGAGUCGUCUCCAGGAUGAGCUGAAGAGAGAGACGGAGGAGUUGAUCGACAAAUUG